CGCCGACACACAAAGAUCGUUCGCUCGUGUAUUUCCACGGCCAAAACUCGGCCGGCGCAGGCGCAGUACACGCAUUUCAAAAAAUGCCUCAACACCAACAGACGCACUCGUGUAUCAACUAUCACUACGCUGUAUACGUCAGUCGCUCGCAGCUGUCGAAGCUGUGUAGUCUGUCGCGUGCUAUAGGAAUACGGUAUUUCCCGCACUUAUUGUAUAUACAGCCUCAGAACAUGUCGCGGAGUAAUUUUAAUACCGGUCAUCACCCUGACGACCCUCCGCCCAGUUACGAAGAUAUCGUUUGCUCAUCGAAUACGACUGAAGAUGCGAGUAAUUCGUUAGAAGAACUGGCAAAAGCGAGACACACGCGGUUUAUAAAUGGUGGUAGGGUACCUACCGAUAAAACAACACAAGGCCUUACUCCGACGGCGCCACGAUGCGAAGCUAUAGGGGGUGGAGUAUCCCAAUACGUCAGAGCAGAAAAUAGGAAUUUUUUGGCUGGAACAAUUCUCGAAGUUCCAAUAAGCGAUAGCGAAUAUGCCAGGGCGAGAGAGUACGGCAGAGUGCCAUCGCCGUCGCCCAGUACUCAUCGAUCGCCUCGGAUAUCUCGAAAGCUUUCGAACUCUGAGUAUCGCGCAUUACUCGCCAGGAGACAAAGAGCUAUAGAAGCUGAAGUAAGAAGACUGGACCAGGCAGAGCAAAACGCACAUCCCGCACAGAUACCAAAUCAAACUAAUGACUACAACCCUCCAUACCUAAAGCCACUGAUUAUAGUAGCUUUAAUAAUUUCUGGUAUGAUAUGUAUGGUAUGUCUGUUAAUCAGAUUUGUUAAGUGAGAGAGUUAAAUGACGAAAAUGCAAAACUUCAAAGGUAUGAAGUUUGAGAAAAACCUGAAUAUAUACACAAUGAAACAACAAGACUGCAGUAUGGAUCUAUAUGUUAGUUCAUAAAAAGAAAUACACGAAGAAAAACUUCCAUAAUAUUAGAAAAUGUAAUAUAUAGAACACAAAAAAAAAUUUAAUUUAGAAAUAUGAUAAAGCUACAUUCUUGGAAAUAUUUGAAGAAUAAUAAAUGACUUACUUCGACGGCCAUACACACCUAUAUGUAAAUAAAUAAGUGAAGCCUUAAAAUGUAUCUACAUUAUGAGAUAUAACUGUCUAUAUACUGCCAGAUUUUUAUCCUGAAUCUUUUUUCAAGACUGUAAAAUAUUUCUUGUCUCACAGCAAAAGAUUAUGCACAACGCAUUUGUUCAACAUUUAUUAUGCUGUAAAAUAAGAGGAGAAAAAUCUUAUUUCAUUGAAAUGUGAAAGAGAUGUUUAUGUAUACUAUAACAAUUUUUGAAGUACAAUAAGCGAAUAAACUAAAUUUUUUUAAAGGUC